AUGGAGCAGGAGCUCAACCUUGAGCUCACCCUCUUCCACCCCUCGGUCUCGCCGGAGCCGCCGGGCUACUUCAUCUGCAUGUACUGCGACCGCAAGUUCGUCAGCUCGCAGGCUCUAGGCGGCCACCAGAACGCGCACAAGUACGAGCGCAGCCUGGCCAAGCGCCGGAGGGAGAUCGCCGCCGCCCUGCGCGCGCACGGGGCAGCCACCACCGCCACGGGCGCCCGGGACGGCGCCGCUAUGGGCGCUCGCGAUGCCCCCGCCAGGCCCCAAGGCACCGGAGUCGUCGUCGUUGAGCAUAAUAAGAGUGCAACAAGGAUGGACGAGCAGAAGGCUCCUGCUCAUGAUGCCGCUCCCGCGCCUGCCCCGCCGAGCAAAAAGAAGAGGCCGUCGGACUCCGGCUACGGCGUCGAGCGCGCCGAGGAGCUGGACCUCUCCCUCAGGCUUUGA